AGGGCAAACAUGCUGGCCUUGCAGUAGCUUUCAUUCUCUUAUCUCGGACGAAGUCGUCUGCCUGAUGUUCCUUGAAGUUCAACUUCACGUCUCACUUUACUUCUGCUCUUGCUGAACAUUAUGGCUUCGCCAUUGAAAGCACAUGUUCCUGCUCAAUUACCAACUCUACCUCGCGAUCUCGGAUCUGACGAGCUUCAUGUCUGCUUUAUCCCCUCGAAACCAGACUUCCGGCGUAGCUGCUUGGAAGCCGUGGGACGCGAUGAGUCAAAACUCCCGCCGCCUCUCAUUUCAUGCUCAGAUUUUGUCCCUCGACGGUUGGUAGAGUUGCUGAUGCGCAAAAAGAAGGACAGUGCACUUGGGGUUAAGUUUCUACACACUAAGAAGGGUGAUCAGAUCACGGAUAUGGAGGGUGCGAUGCACACCUUUGUCACGCCUAUUGUGCCAAGAUGUGAGAUGGUUGGCGAUUACAGAUAUGAUCCUCAACUCGGUGGUCAUGGAGUCAAUAUGUUUGGAGAACAAACUUUGAGAGGCCUAGAUGGUCAUGACAAAGGCAAAUGCCGUGUUACCCGAUCUGUGGUCAUGAGUGGUAGCAUUCAGAUGGAUUUCGAGAACAGUAAAGUUAUGCUCAGGGUCUGCAAGUUGGGCGACCAUACAGUUGUGGGUCAGAAUCUCCUAACGGACAAGGCAUGGGAGAUUCUAGAUUCGAAGCCAAAGCAGGACGAUACGCAGCGAUACGAGUACGACGAAGAACUUCGAAGACAUAUGAUAUAUCAUCUGACAAAGGAGAAGAAACUCCCGCGAAGACGGGACAUCGAACACGCCUUGGACGAUGAGAAGACAAUCAAGUUCUUGGAGACGUUGAUCAUGACACCAGGAAAUACUACAGAGAAGGUUGUGGGAGUGUUCUCCAAACUCCACAAUGACCAGAUCGUCUCCUUGGAACUGCUUUUCAACACAGCUUUACACCAAGUUCGGAACGAAUUCGCUGCCCUCGAAGCGUUGUGUCCACGAGGACAUGUUUACACUUACGAUCCAGCAUCGAUUUUUGCUCGAGAAAUUGGUCCUGAGAUCUUGAACCGGUUAAUGCUGGCUGCUCUUCGCCAUCUCUCAGAUAAUCACAAAUUCGAGAAUAUGAGAGUCUUUGCUUUCAAUGAUUAUGCUGACAGAGGGGCUUUGAACUUGGUCCGUUCGGCCCUGAAGAACCAGAAACGUGUCCAGGUAGUCAGUAAGCAAGAGUUGUUUCGUGGACCUGGUGGACCUGGUGGCCUGUACGAUGUGACAGAUAUUCAAGGAGCUGAAGGAGCCAUGUUGGUGAUUCACAACAACAGUGACGGAUUCGGACAGAAUAUCGAGACCGAACGCAUGUAUGGCAGUCUUGAUGGUGCAAUUGGCUCAUGCUCGAGCGCAGCUGCAAGUCUGAGGAGAGAUCGGAAAGACCUUUUAGAUUUCAUUUGGUAGUUAAGGUCCCGAAAUGGAAUCAGUUGUACAGAAGGAUUUAG